UAGAUCCUUUAUUUAUAUAUAUGCUUCAUCUCCAAGCUAGUUAUUUCACUCAUUCACAGGCACUGCAUCUAGCUAUAGCCAUGGCAACACCGGCAUCGUCUUCGAUUCUGCAGCCGGAGCAGCAGCAGCAGCAAGCAGGUACAGGAGAGGCUCAGAUUCCGACCAUGACUACUGCAGAAGCUGUACCGAGCCCUAGUGCUUGGAAGUCCUCUGGCUCUGUCGGUCCUUUCCUUGCAGUCAUUUCUGUGCUUACUGUUCUCGCCGUUCUUUCCUGCUAUUUGGGUCGAAAGUGGAACCCUAGGCCUCUGACCCCUUUAGAGAGCAUCGAGAACAGAGGCUGCUUUGGCUGGCUCAAGCUCUUACGUCGCCGAUGUAUACCUGCGCUGGUUCCAGUUGGGAACGUUAAUAAGUCGUCGGAGAUCUUGCCUUCUGCUAAACACAACACUAAUGAAGAUUGUAAACUUGAAGAUGGCAGUGAGGUUGCUGAACAAAACCUUCACCGUCAAGUUUAAUUCUGUAUGUUGGCCUAAAAACAAUUAUUUUUUAUUGGCUCUACGACAUGUCGUUUCUGUAAUAUAAGAUAUUUUAAUAAAAAUAAAGUUUCAUAAAUCA